AUGGCAGACCCAAAAGCAUCGCUCGUGCAGGUACUUGCUCUUGCAUCGUCUUCUGACCCAGCGCUGCUCUCCAGGGCAAAUUCUCAGCUCGAAGAGUGGGAGAAGGAUCCCAACUUUUGGCUUGUUCUUCUCCAGAUCGCCUUUGACACCGAGCUGCACCUGCCAUCCUCAUCUACACCGUCGAUACAAGACCAGCGCGAUUCGAUCCGCAUCCUGGCCAUCAUCCGAUUCAAAAAUGGCAUCGACAAGUUUUGGCGGAGUCGCGUCAUGGCUCGCGUCACCGUCACCAUCCCAGCAGAGACCAAGCAGGCGAUACGCAACACCUUGUUCCAAUGUCUGCGUGAACCCAAUCGAACCAUCGCACUGCAAGCUUCCGUCGCAAUUUCUCGCGUAGCACGUCUCGACUACCCUCGCGACUGGCCAGACCUCUUCACCACUCUCCAGCAAGCCAUGGUCCAAGCGCAUGCAGCUCUCGCGUCGCUUGGACCACCACCGCAGUUUGACCAGCCCGAGAGUCCUGAAACCGCCAAUGCGCGUCUCCUCAACACGACUGUGCUCAUGCGUGCAGCUGACGUCUGUUCAAAGACGCUCAAGGAGCUCGAAUCCGUGCGCGUCCUUGCCGGCAAGAUGCGCAUGACCGAGCUCUCACGCGAGCUGCUCCCCGUACUUCACCCCAUCUUUCAGCAAUACUUUUCAGAAGUCUUUUCGCUCGGUUCUCAGGACGACCUCGCUACCCUUUCGGCAUGGUCCAACACCACAUUGCGUGCCGAGCAGGUGCGCACAAGCCAUCUCUUGCUCAAGGCUAUUUCGCGCCUUGCCGUCGCAGAUAUCGGCAUGAUCUCGCAGUCCAGCACCUCGCAGGGCGGAAGCUCGGCCAACAUGGCACAGGCCUUUUUCCGUUCCACUCCCCACUGUCUGCAAACCCUCAAAGACACCCGACUUGCUUACCUGCGCUUACUACGUAGCUCGCAGGCUUCCUCCAUCUCAUCCUCCGUUUCAGCAUCUCUGGUCACCGCGCUCACAAAGCAUCUCUAUUCCUUUGGCAAAUUCUUCCUUUCGCUGGUCCAGAAAGACAACGGAAAAGCCGCCUUCUGGCAAGGAUGGUCAGAAGUGGUCGCAUGGUACUGGGUCCAGGCCAAGGACGUCACCGAUGAGAGCCUCUCUGUUCCGCGCGAUGAAUAUGCAAACCACUCUGCCGUCAUCGACUACCCGCCACGCUUCGUCGUGCAAGCUCUCGUGCUCCUCAAGUAUUCGCUUGCACAGUGGAAAGGUAAUCGCGCCGAGGGCGGUUUUUUCCUCACUCGUGACUUCGCCCAAGAAGCUGCCGACGUUCUCGCAGGUCGACUCAUGCGCCUCAAUGCCGACGACCUCGAAAGGUGGCAGGCCGACCCGGAAGAAUGGGCCGUUGGCGAGGAGCAGGAAAACUACGAACUCGACAUCCGUCCCGCAGCAGAGCGCGCACUCAUGGUCUUGGCGCAGCACACCAAGCCCGUUGGCUUUGUCGGUCAGCACUUGUGGCAGCGCUUCGAGUCGAGCUCGAAACUAUCCAUCGACAACCUUGACGAUAUCCUCGCGCGUGAUGCCAUCUAUGCAGCAGUGGGUCGAUGCCGUGAUCACCUCAGCCCGGCUGGGGAAGACGACGAUCGACCUAGCAUGGACGUGCUGAUGGGUCAGGCUAUUGCUACCAAGCUCGUCCCCGAAGCGCGUCUUGGUAGUGUCUCUUCGCCCAUGUGGGUUGUUAUCCGUCGCAGGAUCGCGUGGCUGCUGUGGGAGUGGUCUGAGCAGGUUCCGAGAGAAUCACGCCUCGACGUGUAUGCCCUUCUCGUCGAAUUGCUCGAGGAUGUCCCAGAGCAGACGGACGUAGCUGUGCGCCUUGCUGGAGCUCGAUCCAUCUCCGCCAUUGCAGACGCACUUGAGUUUGAUGCAGAUGGCUUCGAACCUUUCCUCCCCAAGGCGCUGCGCAACCUGGCAACACUGGCUGCUGCCUCAGACCUCCACGAGAUGGAGUCGAUCAAGGUCUGUACCGAUGCCCUCUCCAUUCUUAUCGAGCGCAUGGGUCCCCGUAUCGCUCCUCACGCAGACGCGCUCGUCGACCUCGUGCCCAUGCUUUGGCAGCAAGAAGAUCCCGACUGCAAGGCUCGUCCCUCGAUCAUUGUGUUUAUCUCCAAGGUGUUGCGAGCUAUCGAGAUGCUUCCCGCGACGGGAACUAGCGGCGCUCUCAUGCAAAAGGUGCACCACAUGGUCUCGCCCAUAGUGCGCGAUUCGCUCAAUCCCAAGGUGUCGCAUUUGCUCGCAAAGGAUGCCAUCUCGAUGCUCUGGAUCCGAGCACUCCAUUCGACGCCAACCAUGACGCAGCCGCUGUUUGAGCUGCUCGAUCUUGCCAAGGACCUGGUGGUGCAGCCUGACUACUGCGUCGAGAUGUGUCGCGUGAUCGAGGAGAUUUCGAUGCUCAACCCGCUCGAAAUGCUUCAGACCUACGGUAACGACCUGCUCACCGCAUUUGGACAGAUCAUCGCAGAUCCUUCCAACCCCAUGGUGCUCGCACCCAUCUCGGCGCUCGACACGCUGGUCCAGGCAUUGGUCGCGCUGCCCAAUUGGACCGAGGUGCGUGGGAUGUGGAUCAGCGCGCUCCAAUCUACCCGACUCGCGGCUGCUCUCGUCGGAUCACUGCUCCAUUUUGAGGAUGCCACCUUGAUCGCCACCCACUUUGUCGCGCUGCUCUGCCGCAUCGCCUACCACUGCCCGCAGGACUCGUUCAUCCGUCUCGUAUCCAGCGCCUGGAACGAGAUGGCCCACGAAAAGUAUCCCACGCCGGCAUCCGUCUGGCAGCCUCUGCUCAAGUUCAUCUGCACCCGCUUUGAGAACAUGGCUUCCACGCGGAAGCGACGAGUCACGGCUCUCGGUCUUGCUUCCAUCCUCGACUCAGCAGUCGUGCAUUUCGAACAGCAACAGCAACAGCAACAGCAGCAGUCGUCUUCGAGCCCAACUGACACUGUGCAAGAAGUUGUGGCGUGCACACCGGAGAUGAUCGCACUGUGGUCCGAGAUGCUGGCCGAGAUCAAUGAGUCGCGCCCGCUGGACACAGGCAAGUACCUGCGGCCGACGUCGCCGAUUGCGUCGAUGGAGCUCGCUGAUGCGUUCUUCGACGACGACGAUGCAGCUGGCGAUGGCGGUUGGCUGCAGGAUAUCUCGCCUGGUGCAGCACGGGCCCAGAGGGUGGCAGUUGCGGACGGGACUUUGACCGUGGCGAUCAACGAGCAUGUGCGCAGCGUGCUCUCGCAUGCACAUGCGAACUAUCCCGGCUUCACGCCCAUUUUGCAGAGCAUGGAUCCGCUCAUUGUCAACAUGUUUGAGAAGGACCUGAUGGGGUGA